GCGUGCCUCUCGCGCGUUUACGCCGCAGUCAGUCAGACGUGCUGAUUUUGACGGUCAGAAGCCGGAGCGAUAAACAGAGCGGAUUUCAUUCGUCCAGGAGCCGGUGUCCAGCGGAUCAGUGACCGCACCGCGGAGAUUGCCGUGUUUGUCAUGACAGCGUUUUGCAUCAACCGGCCUUCAUGCAUUUUGGGUCCCAGCAGAGGAAGGUUAAUUUUUCAUAAGCUGUCAGAUGGUUUAGUGCGGAGGUUUUCAUUACGGUUCUGCCCCGGUCUGUGCUGACGCGUCAGAAACCAGAUUCAAGCCGCAGCGGCUGAUCUGAGCACAAACCAGGAGAUACUAGCACCGCUGCCUUCUGAGGGAGAACGAUUCAACGCCCUCCUGUGCAGUGAUCACACACACACACACACACACUCUCUCUCAGAUUCAUGGCGGCGCAUCGGGCCGUGAGCUGAGCCGCUCCUCGCCGCAGCGGGGCCCCGGGGCCGUCACCCUGUCGGAGCCGCAGCAGCAGCCGGCGGCGCGGGAAGCCAUGGCCUCGUCUGUGCGCUUCACCGUCACGCCGACCAAAGCGGAGGACCUGCCGGACACGUCGCCGGACGUCAGCUCGCGCUCCAGCGCCAGGGUCCGCUUCGGCUCCCGGGAGAGCGUGAACCGCAGCGAGGCGUCCGGAGGGGCCGCCACCUCGGCCGGGGCCGACACGCCGGAGCGCAGCCAGCUCGAGCACGGUGACAGCAGUGCGAAGCUCUCCAGCGUUUACAUCAAUAACUCUCACGCCAUCGAUGAUGAUGAUUUCUACGACAGGAAUCUGGCUCUCUUUGAGGAGGAGAUGGACACUCGUCCUAAAGUGUCGUCUCUGCUCAAUCGUCUGGCGAACUACACAAACCUCACGCAGGGAGCCAAAGAGCACGAGGAGGCCGAGAGCAUCGGCGAGAAACGCAAGAGCAGCAAGUCUCCUCAGAUGGGCACCUUCAUGGGGGUGUACCUGCCGUGUCUGCAGAACAUCUUCGGCGUGAUUCUGUUCCUCAGACUGACGUGGAUCGUCGGCACGGCCGGAGUCCUGCAGGCGCUGUGUAUCGUCUUCAUCUGCUGCUGCUGCACGUUGCUGACUGCGAUAUCUAUGAGUGCCAUCGCUACCAACGGAGUCGUUCCAGCGGGCGGCUCGUACUUCAUGAUCUCUCGUUCCCUGGGGCCCGAGUUCGGCGGGGCCGUGGGCUCCUGCUUCUACCUGGGCACCACCUUCGCGGGCUCCAUGUACAUCCUCGGGGCCAUCGAGAUCCUGCUGAUGUACAUGGCCCCCAGGGCCGCCGUCUUCGUCUCAGACAGCCCCGACGGCGAGGCCGGGGCCUUGCUCAACAACAUGCGCCUCUACGGCUCCAUCUUCCUGCUGCUGAUGUCGCUGCUGGUGUUUGUGGGAGUCAAGUACGUCAACAAGCUGGCGUCGGUGUUUCUGGCCUGCGUCAUCGUGUCCAUCCUGUCCAUCUACACCGGAGCGCUGGUGUCCGCCUUCAGCCCGCCCUCCUUCCCGGUGUGUAUGCUGGGGAACCGGAGCCUGUCUCAGCACGAGCUGAAGGAAGGUCCGUGUAACAAGACGGUGGUGCUGCCGCCGCCGCCGGACGCCGCUAACGCUAGCGAGAGCUUGAACGGCACAGACGCUCCUCCUGUCAGCGCCGCCUCGCUGGAGAAAACCACGCAGCUGUGGAGGCUCUUCUGCAACAGCUCGGAGCUGAGCGCCGCCUGCGAUGAAUACUUCCAGCACAACACGGUGAUGGAGAUCGAGGGCAUCCCGGGGCUGGCCAGCAGCGUGAUCACAGAGAACCUCUGGAGCUCGUAUUCAGCUAAAGGAGAAGUUCUGGAGCGUCACUCGCAUCACUCCGCCCACAGAGCCGCCGCGUCCAAUCACUUUCCUUAUGUGUUCGCUGACAUCACCACCUCCUUCACACUGCUGAUCGGGAUCUUCUUCCCCUCCGUGACCGGAAUCAUGGCGGGAUCGAACCGCUCCGGAGACCUGAAGGACGCCCAGCGCUCCAUUCCCAUCGGCACCAUACUGGCCAUCCUCACCACCUCACUCGUCUAUCUGAGCUGUGUGGUUCUGUUCGGGUGCUGUGUGGAGGGUGUAGUCCUGCGAGACAAGUUUGGAGACUCGGUGAAGGGGAAUCUGGUUGUGGGGACUCUCUCGUGGCCCACUCCUUGGGUGAUCGUGAUUGGCUCGUUUUUCUCCACGUGUGGGGCCGGCCUCCAAUCACUGACCGGAGCUCCUCGUCUGCUGCAGGCCAUCGCUAAAGACAACAUCAUCCCCUUCCUCAGGGUCUUCGGUCACGGGAAGGCCAACGGGGAGCCGACGUGGGCCCUGCUGCUGACAGCGGUUCUGGCCGAGCUCGGGAUCCUCAUCGCCUCGCUGGACCUCGUCGCCCCCAUCCUCUCCAUGUUCUUCCUGAUGUGUUACCUGUUCGUCAAUCUGGCCUGUGCUCUACAGACCCUGCUCCGCACGCCCAACUGGAGACCACGCUUCUCCUACUACCACUGGACGCUGUCGUUUCUUGGCAUGAUGAUCUGUCUGGCUCUCAUGUUCAUUUCCUCCUGGUACUACGCCAUCGUCGCCAUGGUGAUCGCCGGCAUGAUCUACAAGUACAUAGAGUACCACGGGGCGGAGAAGGAGUGGGGUGAUGGGAUCAGAGGUCUGUCUCUCAGCGCGGCUCGGUUCGCUCUGCUCCGGCUGGAGGAAGGUCCACCACACACCAAGAACUGGAGGCCUCAGCUGCUGGUUCUGCUGAAGCUGGAUGAAGACGCUCACGUCAAAUCUCCUCGUCUGCUGACCUUCGCCUCCCAGCUGAAAGCAGGGAAGGGUUUGACCAUCGUGGGAACCGUCAUCCCGGGGAACUUCCUGCAGACGUACGGCGAGGCGCUGGCGGCCGAGCAGACGCUCAGGCACCUGAUGGAGAAGGAGCGGGUCAAGGGCUUCGUGCAGUGUAUCGUGGCUCAGAAGCCUCGUGAGGGCAUCAGUCACAUGAUCCAGUCGAGUGGUUUGGGCGGCAUGAGACACAACACGGUGGUCAUGGGCUGGCCUCACGCCUGGAGACAGAGCGAAGACCCGCAGAGCUGGAAGACCUUCAUCAACACGGUUCGAGUCACCACCACGGCUCAUCUGGCUCUGCUGGUGCCCAAGAACAUCUCUCUGUUCCCCAGUAACAGUGAGCCGUGUGCGGAAGGCUUCAUCGACGUGUGGUGGAUCGUCCACGACGGCGGGAUGCUGAUGCUGCUGCCCUUCCUGCUGCGGCAGCACAAGGUGUGGAGGAAGUGUGCCAUGCGGAUCUUCACCGUGGCGCAGAUGGAAGAUAACUCCAUCCAGAUGAAGAAGGACCUGGCCACGUUCCUGUAUCACCUGCGCAUCGACGCAGACGUGGAGGUGGUGGAGAUGCACGACAGUGACAUCAGCGCCUACACGUACGAGCGGACCCUGAUGAUGGAGCAGAGGUCUCAGAUGCUGCGGCAGAUGCGUCUCUCUAAGUCAGACCGUGAGAAAGAGCGCGUGCGCUGGAGUUUUGAUGACGCGCAGCUGGUCAAAGACAGAAACUCAAUGCUGCGCCUGACCAGCAUCGGCUCGGACGAGGACGAAGACACGGACGGAGCAGGAGACCGCAGCGCAGAGCACCGCAGAGUCCACAUGACCUGGACCAAAGACAAGACCCUGCAGCUGCGCAGCAACACACACACACACACCAACACCGCCUCCUGCUGCAGCACUCCGGAGGGCUUCAGAGACAUGCUCAACAUCCGGCCAGAUCACUCAAACGUGCGCCGGAUGCACACCGCCGUCAAACUCAACGAGGUGAUCGUCAAUAAAUCCCAUGAUGCCCGGCUGGUCCUCCUCAACAUGCCGGGGCCGCCCAGGAACACCGAGGGAGACGAGAACUACAUGGAGUUCCUGGAGGUGCUGACCGAGGGUCUGGAGCGCGUCCUGCUGGUGCGGGGGGGAGGAAGUGAGGUCAUCACCAUCUACUCCUGAUGGAGCGCUUCUGACCGUCAUCCAUCCGCCAGCGUGUGUGUGUGUGUGUGUGUGUGAGAGAGAGAGAGACAGAGCGGUAGGCGGGACCAGAGUGUGUUUAUCAGACUGACUCAGGGCUACAG